UUUUAACUCUCUGAGCUCUCACAUGAAACUGGCAGAAAGAAUCUAAGGAGAGUGUGAUCUUCCGAACUGAAGAGGAAAUGAAAUUAGAAAAGGAAAACUGGGAAAGCAGGCAACAUGAAUCCUACAUUAUGGAUCUGGGGUUGUUCCAGGCUCUGGAGAGAGAAAGAGUCCUGGAGGUUCUUCAGAAAGACAAAGCGCUUCGAACUAUUGAAGCUGGCAGAAUCAGGAGGCUGAGGACAGAGUUGCAAGAGAUCUGUCACCAGGGUGCCAAGACAUUUACGCAUCAGUAUGGUCAGAGAUCAUGUGCACGAUGUCAGCGACUUUUAGGAAAGUUUUGGGACUGUGGAUUUGUGUGCUGUGGAUGUAGUCACCGCAUCUGUAACAGGUGUCGGGUUGUCAGGUCUGCACGGGAAUGGAAGUGCACAAUGUGUCAUGCGUACAGGGAAUUUAAGAUCAAAUCUGGGGAAUGGUUUCUGGAACAGCAAGAAAAGAAAUUUCCAUAUGCUAAAGAAAACAGACACGAGACCACAGGAGACAAAAUAUUACAGUCUUAUCAACGGCUCAGUUUCAUUGCAGUCGUUCCACCAACACCACCUCCAUUUUAUGAAGCUGCAUCGUUUAACAGAUCACAGGACCUCAAAAAAUCUAAACCUUUUACUAAAUCCAUGGAGAACUUAAUGGUGUCUGUGAGUGCUCACAUAAAAAAGCUCUCCAAAUCUCAGAAUGAUUUGAGUGUGGAAGCAGGUCACCUGACUGUUGAUCAUGGGCUAGCGCAGGGCUUCGGCCGGUGCAAGAGCCAGUCAGAGGGUGCCAUUGACAGAGCCUACAAUCUGUGCAAAGCUCCAAGUCUACCCAAUCUAUCCCAAAACACCAGAGACACAGAGCAGUACGGUUCAGCAAAUACAGUCUGCCUAACAGAUGACAAUGUUUCAUACACAUCUGCAUACAGUGAUGAGCAAAGGGACAGCAACAGCAGCACAGUAAUGGAUGAUGAGACCUUUGAAAACACUCGUGUAACUGGAGAAAUAGAGAUUGACAUUGCAUACAACAACAGGACGUCCUGCUUGGAGAUAACUAUCAAAGCCUGCAAAAAUUUGAUUUUUGGCGAUAUGACGAAGAAGAAGAAAUGUCAUCCUUACGUGAAGGUCCGUUUACUCCCGAAGAAACAUCAGAAUAACAAGAUGAAGACGACAGUCAAGAGAGGAAAUAACCCGAUUUACAAUGAAACAUUCACGUGUGUUGUUGUUCGUGAGCAGCUGGUCAGCAGUGUAGUUCAGGCCUCAGUGUGGCACACCAGAGGACUCAAGAGGAAGGUGUUUCUGGGUGAGACACUCAUCCAUCUGGCAGACUGGUGUCUGGAGCGCUCAGGUACUCAGCGCUCUGUCUGGUGCAAACUUGGUCCAAAGCAGGAACAUCCACAUGGGGGCAAUGCAGAGCUGUACAUUACAGAGUUGAUGCUUAAAGCACAAUUAAAGUUCCUGCCACAGAAAUCACCACAGACUCACCCACAUACAGAUGAUAUUUUAUUGGGCACACACGGACAGCUCAUUGUUGUCAUCACUGGCCUACCAAAGCUGCACUCCAUGUCAAAAACAGCCUACAUUGAGGGGAUCCUGUGCCUUCCUGGAGACAGAGAACUGGUGCAGAGGACUCAAGAGCUGAAGAAGGCGGCCAGUACCCUCCAGAUGAACUUCAGCAGAUUCACCCAUCAGGAACUCCAGCAGGCCACACUGAUGCUCAGUCUGUGGGAGAAAACCAGCUUGAGUCUCACUAAUUGCUUGGUGAGAUCAGCACGGCUGGGAGGAGGAUCAUCAUGGCAUCGUCUCCAGCAGAUGCCCGGAGUGUGGCAUGACUUCGUUCUUCCACUGCAUUCAAGCGUCAAUAUAAACAUGUGCUCAUAACUGAAUAAUGUGGAUCUUUUCCAUCAACUCAAAGGUUCUGGCAAGCUGCAGUUGUGCUUAUAAACUCACUUAAAACUGAAAAUGGCUAAAAAAUAUCCUAUCACAGAAAAUAAUGCCCAGCUUUUCCCUAAACCAACUGGACUGAGUGCCUCAUGGCCUGUAGCCCAGACACUCAGUGAACAAUGUCAUUUUAUUUUCAAUAAUUAAUAAAGAUUCACCCAGAUCUGUUCAUCAUAAAUCUUUAUUUGUAAUAUAAUAAACACCUUUUCUUUUGAGAAAAUAAAUAAAUCCAGAAAUUGUGACCUUCAUGAUACUUGGGAUAUUAUU